ACAAUCUUUUCCGAUCCUUUGUGUUUCAAAAAUUGUGCUUAAAAAUCUCGUCGCGUUUGCCUGUAGAUAUACAAUUACAUAACAGAGAGAAGAUGGCAAAACUUGGUUUAUUCCUUUUGAUCGUUGCUUUAUCGAAUCAAACCAGUUUGGCUUGUAACGAUAAUAAAGCCGAGCAGUUACCGGGGACAAGGCGAGAGCUGAAUGAUUAUUGGGUAGAUUCCAAUGGAUUUCCUCCGCCUUCUUUGACUCCUCUUUACUACCAUGAAGCUUCCCCUCCAGAAGCGGCAAUCUCAUAUCAAGGACGAUCAUCUUUGAACCAACCCAAUCAUAACGCCAAGACAUUUAAAAACUAUUUCAUCAACAAGAACGCUGAUGGCAAAGCAAGUGGUCGUUUCGCUCUUGGUGGUUUGAGAGCUUCUCUAAUCAACACGGGCCUCUUCAACAACAGAUUCACGCCAGCCAACACGUUCAGACCUCUCCAAGGACUCGGCAACAAAACUCCAGUCGCUUUGAAUCCGAAUUUCGAUAGCCUUCUCACUACUUUCGAUGGAUGCACAGCACCCAAUGGCGAAUCCGGAAUCUGUGCUCCAGGAAACAUUUGCUCUUUGUUCGGUGGUCGGCCCAGUGGUUCUUGCAUCCUGGGAAAAGUUUGCUGCAUCAAUGUAGUUCCAUCGUGUGGUGGGACUGCCAGUCUCAACAACACACACUGGCAAUCACCUGCAGUUCUCAGCGCUCCCUCGACGUGCACGUUAACUGUCAAGCUGGACGCAACAUUUGUAGAGCAAAAGAAACCUAUUUGCCAACUGCGAUUAGAUUUUAUUUCAUUCACCACUUCACAGCCGACAGCUGGAACUUGCACGGACACUUUCCAAAUUAGCGGAUCGACUAAUACAGCGCCGAUUAUCUGUGGGGACAAUAACGGGCAGCACAUGUACCUUGACGUCCCAUCUUCACUCAAUGGUCCUACCAAUGUCCGCCUCAUGUUCAACUUUGCAGCUGGAACUGGCAACAGUCCACGUACGUGGAACAUUAAAAUCGCCAUGCUUCCGUGUGGAGCAAAUUACCUCGCUCCGAGGGAUUGUCUUCAAUAUUUCACUUCGGCUACCGGCAUCAUUAGAUCUUUUAAUUGGCGAGAUAUCGCUGGAGUUGCUACUCGCCAACUCAACAAUCAAAACUACAACAUUUGCUUCCGGACCGAAGAAAUUGAUGGGCAGAUUGCAAACCGGAUAUGUCUGACGCCAUGUACGAUAACCAAUGGAGGAGACGCCUUCUCGAUCACGUCAGUGCCAGGCAAUCUUGCUAAUUCCGCCGUGGGAACAACAGGCCCAAAUCCAUUGCCACCACCGGUAGCCACAGUUGCAGUUUGCCUGUACGAUUUCCUGCUGAUUGCACAAGGUACAAACCCAAUCAAUGGCCUCGUAGCUGACCGUUUCUGCGGCAAUCAACUGAAUCCGAUUCCGGCCGGUGCGGCAGUCAGCGUCACAGUUUGCACUCGAAUAAGACCGUUCAAGCUGACCUAUCAGACUGAUAACACCGAAGGCGCUGUGUUUGCCAAUAAUCAGGGAAUUAUUAUUCCGGCGUUUGGCGAUGCGGGCAACGUGGGCUUCUGUCUUGAUUUCCAACAGAGAAUAAAUUAAACGAAUGCAAAUUUGUGCGAAAUAAAAGUCUUUUGGGGUCAGUGCUUCCUAGUCUAAACAAAAUUUAGACACAUGUCAAAAUAAUUAACGAGAUGCAAUAAACUGAAAGAAAACAAAUA